AAGAAGCGAGGCCCGGGGAUUGCUGGGUAACGUCCGGUGGCUGAGGCUGGGGUGUGGAGUCCGUAGCCGUUCUGCCCUGCUUUGCCCUGUCACGGGCAUCUUGGGCGAACAUGGCGGUGCUGGCGCGGCUCCUGCUGGGACUUCUCCUCAUAGCACAGGUGACCUGUGAGUAUGGAAUGGUCCAUGUGAUUGCUGAACCAGGAAUUGGCAAAGAAAAAGACUAUUGUAUCCUGUAUAAUUCCCAGUGGGCCCACUUGCCACCUGGCCUUGGCAAAGCAUCUUUGUUACAGCUUCAAAAUCAAACAUCAUCUGUCUUGUGUUCUCAAUCUGAUGUUCCCCAUGGGGGAUUUAACAACCGAAUCCCUAUGGUGUUGCGUGGAAACUGCACCUUCUAUGAGAAAGUGAAACUGGCCCAGAUGAAUGGGGCACGAGGGCUGCUAGUAGUUAGCAAAGAAAAACUGGUCCCUCCAGGAGGCAACAAGACUCAGUAUGAUGAGAUUGGUAUUCCUGUGGCCCUCCUCAGCUAUAGAGACAUGCUUGACAUUUGCAAGACUUUUGGUCAUUCAGUGAGAGUGGCAAUGUACGCCCCUAAGGAGCCUGUCCUCGAUUACAACAUGGUCAUCAUCUUCAUCAUGGCUGUGGGGACAGUUGCAGUUGGAGGCUACUGGGCAGGAAGCCAGGAUGUGAAGAAGAGGUCCAUGAAACACAAGCGUGAUGAUGGAGCAGAAAAACACGAUGAUGAGACAGUGGAUGUAACUCCCAUAAUGAUUGGGGUGUUUGUGGUGAUGUGCUGUUCCAUGUUGGUCUUAUUGUAUUACUUCUAUGAUCACCUUGUAUAUGUAAUAAUAACUGUAUUCUGCCUGGCAUCAUCCACUAGCCUUUAUAGCUGUCUUUCUCCAUGUAUAAAAAGACUCCCAUUUGGAAAAUGCAGGGUUCCAGAUAAUAAUUUACCUUAUUUUCACAAGCGCCCACGAGUUCGGAUGUUGCUCCUGGCAAUGUUUUGCAUCACAGUCAGUAUAAUUUGGGGAAUUUUCCGAAAUGAAGAUCAGUGGGCCUGGGUCCUUCAGGAUGCUUUGGGAAUUGCCUUUUGCCUUUACAUGUUAAAAACCAUUCGCCUGCCAACUUUCAAGGCUUGUACUUUGCUUCUGUUAGUACUUUUCAUCUAUGAUGUAUUUUUUGUGUUCAUCACACCCUUUCUGACAAAGAGUGGGAACAGCAUAAUGGUGGAAGUGGCUGCUGGCCCUUCGGAUUCUACCACUCAUGAAAAGCUCCCCAUGGUGCUGAAGGUCCCAAGAUUAAACUCUUCACCAUUAGCACUCUGUGACAGGCCAUUUUCUCUAUUAGGCUUUGGAGAUAUCUUAGUGCCAGGAUUAUUAGUAGCAUAUUGUCACAGAUUUGACAUCCAGGUGCAGUCCUCUAGAAUCUACUUUGUAGCCUGUACCAUAGCCUAUGGCAUUGGCCUUCUGAUCACCUUUGUGGCUUUGGCAUGGAUGCAGAGGGGCCAGCCAGCUCUCCUCUACCUAGUGCCCUGUACUGUGAUCACAAGCUUUGUGAUAGCUUUAUGGCGCAAGGAGCUGAGAAUGUUCUGGACAGGCAGCGGAUUUGCGAAGGACCUGUCUCAGCCUUCCUGGGUGAUGGCUUCAUCUGAAUGUCCCCAACCCCUAAAAGAUUCAAAUGCUUCCCCUUCUCAACAGGAGCCAAACAAAGAAUUGAUCAACCCCACUCUCCAAGCCGACCAACUCUCUGAUACACCCACAUCCUUGGAGAAAACAGCAAGUGCCAGUGGACUUCUGAGCUCUGCCCCUCAUGUUUCAGAACCAGCCGAUCAAGACAAGGACCAGCCUGGUCAAGAGAUUGGAGAGGCCCAUCAGACUAGAUGAGGAGAAUGGCAAUAGGAAUCAUGACACCUGCUUCAUGGCCCUGAGUGUCCAUGGACUGGUUCUAACUUUCACUAAAGAGCCCCAUGCAUCAUUCUUCCUACAGUUGCUGAUACUUGUUAGGUUCCCCCUCCCCCUCUUUCUGAAAUAUGGUGCUUUCAUUCCCUUCUGAUGCCCAUUUCAGGGAGAACUUGGAAUAGGUUUCUCUUCCUCCAUUCCUGCUUUCCUUUUUAUGUCCUCCUUGUAUUACGGGAUUUUAUUUAUGCAUUGCCCUGUGCUUGCGUGAUUGCUGUGUUUCUCUAGGCUAACUGAGAAUGUUAAUCUUGACAGGAAGCACUGGACAGUUUAGCUAACAUAAAAAGCUAGGAGAAGUCAUUGUUAGUAUUUCUCUUAGCCAGCAGUUAACAUUUGGUUUUUCUCUUUAUGAUAUCUUAAUUACAAAUGAUUGAUUUAAUGUAAUCAGAUAUUUAAGAAGCAAGAAAUGGUCCAUCAUUUCAUCUCCUUUUGAAAGAUAGGCAUUUCUAUUCUGGUGCAUGAAGUGCAUCAUGAUUCUCUAGGGUUUUUCCCCCCAUGUUUAAAAGCUAGUCUGGUCAAAGAUUCCAAAAAGUAGGCUUUUCUAGGUAAACAUUCACUGAGUAGACUACCUCUUGUCCACCAUAGUAUGUUAAAUUCUUUCUUACUCAGGAGAUGUAAAAACAAGAUUACCAUAUGCUAGUGUCCAGGUUAUUAGAAAAAGGACUAUGAAGUGAUAAGGAGAGAAUGGUGUAAGAAUUUGAAGAAGCUGGUUAUUAGAGGAAAUGAAAUAGACCCUAAAGUCUGUGUGGUUCUUAUGUUAAAGAAGGUUUUGCUAUGUUUAUUUGAUUGUGUCUUAUGAGCUUGGAUGGAAGAAUAAGUGUGAGAGCAUAUUCAGAAACCUGGAUAUUUAAUCUAAACUUUUAAAUAUGUCUUUUUGAUUUUCCUAAAAAAUAAUUGGCUACCUCUCCACCCCCACCCCAACUGUUGCAAUCCAGAGUCUUGUAGGCAAUGGUCCAUAUUUUUCUAAGUCAUUCAGAGGCUUCAUUCACUAGAACUAAAUCAGUAUUGCCUCUGGAGAUUUGGCAUCUAUUUGGGACUGUUUGAAAACUUAAAGAUGAGGGGAAACUAUAAUCUCACUUUAUACAAAACAAAAUAUGGCUUUUGGGUUUCUAGUACAUUUUUUAGGCUGAGUUCUAGGGAUUAGCAUGGAGUCCCCUAACUCAUUAAACUUCAAUUCAGGUUAUCUUUUUUCUACCACUGGAAAAUUACUGAGAUUGUAGAUAGAUGGUUCUCUUUUGCUCGCCCCAUUGUCCUUGAAAGAGGAUUUGGGUGAGGAGGACAUUUCUCUUUGCUAUCAUUUUAUACAUGGCAACUGGCUACAGCUGUUGCUAAGCAAACCAGUGUGAUGGGUAAAUUUCUUCAGCCUCUUUGGCAGAUUUAGCAUCUCAGCUUUUGUUUACGUUUUUAAGCAUAAGAUCCAUUUUGUUUUGAAUGGAGAAACAAGGGGCUUUAACUUUAAUUUCUAAGACUCAAGUAUUCCUGUUUUUUAACACUAUACAUUCCAGUCCAUAAAAACAACUUAAGUCUUGCACCUUGCAGUAGUAAGGAGUGCAUUUAAAAAUCUAGCUGAGGAACUUUUGCAAUAUAUGGGAAUAUUCUGGAAUGGCAUUCUUUCUUCUACCUCACUGAUAGGAUUCUCACAACACCUUUAGAGAGACAUGAUUUAGAGCUUAUGGCAUUUGGCACGUGUGCGCACGAACGUGUGUAUACACAUACACAAACACACACAAAAACCAGAAAGGUCUAGCUGCCAAAUGGCACUGGCAGAGAGGCGCUAGUGACUGGUUCCGUUACGUGGCCACUGUGGCUGAAGGGCAAGGUUGCCCAUCUUAACUCCAUAUCUAUCCUUUUCAUCCUUUUUUCCCCCUAAAACAACUAGAAUGUUGUCUCUCUUACAUAAUGAAAAGGGUCUUGGUGUGGAAGAACGAACAGUUCCUACUCCUGUCUCCCUAGAUUACGGGAAGCCCUGAUUUCAUCCUCUUCAUUCUAAGUUACAGUAAGGUAGCUGAAAGCCCCAAGCACUAAGGCAGGGCCCCAGAAGGCUCUUCAGGGGGAUUGGAUCCCUUCAGAUGCUCCCUUGUUAAAACAGGGUUCUGCUUCUGGAUCCACCACCUUCCCUGAAGCUUCAGGGUAUUCCCUCAGCUGUGCUUGGGCUCAGAAAGUGGAGCUAGAAUCUCUUUGUACAUCAGGGUUUGGAGUUCUCCCCAGUCCAAAUGCCCAAUCAGAUGUCACUUGGGGCUCUUUUGGCAGCCUUACACUUGACUACUCUUGUAAUCUUGUCUUUAGCCCUCCAGGCAGCCUUUUCAAAUUUGAGCUUUGAAAAACUUUCCAGUUAAUGGAUAAUGAAUGACAGGCACUUAUUUUUCAUUCAACUAGUCUUAAGGCGAGGACUUUUCAACAUUAUAGUUACUACUUAGGGUUCUGCCUUUCAGGUGUACUUCCUCAUUGUCUCAUUCAUGCCUGAGCUUCCCAGAAUAUCAGAGGCUUUGGGUAAAAUCAUAAACUUCUGAAAAAAUACCAGCAUUGAGGAUUUAUAAACAGUCUUAGCCAUUAGUUCUCUGGGGAGGAGGGAUGGAUUUUCUAGCUAAAGGAAGGGAAAAAUGUCUCCAAAGUCCUUCAACCUGUUUGUGUAUUUCUCUUGGGUUAAAACGAACUGAUAACAACCUGGGAACAAUACCAAAUGGACCUUUUCCUCCUCCUUAUGUUCCUGUCCUUUUGUGAGCAUGUUGCCAUGGAAUAACAUGAUGCAAGUGAGCUCUUGUGCCAGGAAGAUACUUGAGUUGGAACCUGCUUCAGCCAAUUGGACUAUGCCUUAAUUUAAGCCAUUUUAUACUUGUGUAUGGUAAAUGUGGGUUUGAUUGUUUUGGGGUUUUUUUUUUUUUUUAAUAGAAAAAUGUUAAGGAAUUCUAAGGCAGAUGUUCCUAAAGUUUGAGUUUCAUAUUUUUUGCCUUGCUUCUGUUUAACCUUAUCAUUAAACAUAGAUUUUGAUAUUUAAAACUCAGCAUUUGAGAUUUAAUGUGAAGCAAUAGGGAAGAGAAUUGUCCUUAUGUUGCCAAGUUUGCUAUCAAAAUAAAGAUUCCCUCACCCAUA